AUGGAGAAGAUAUCAUCAUCAACUAAUGACCAUACAUCCUCACUAAUUCUUUUGCUUGAUGCAAUCUUGUUACGCACAAUUUCUAGUAGCACUCAGAAGUUAUUUUCGAGAUUUCAGUCUACUCUCCAAUCCCAACAAAACUGUGGCAACUCAAAGAUUUUGGAUGUGAAGAACUCGGAUUCUGAGUUGAGGAAGCCGGGGCUGAUCUGCAAAAGGAAAGAUGAUGGAAACUUGAGCAGACAUGAUGUGAAGAUGGUGAUGGGAAACUUGGGAAUUUUUUGCAGUCCAGAAAGUGAGGAACUACCAGAGUCGUUCGGUUCCAAUGAACUUGCAGGGCUGUUUGAUGAGAAGGAGCCAAGCUUGGGGGAAGUAAAGGAAGCUUUUGAUGUGUUUGAUGAGAACAGAGAUGGGUUUAUCGAUGCAAGGGAGUUGCAGAGAGUUCUCUGUAUAUUGGGCUUAAAGGAAGGAUCAAAGCUAGAAGACUGCCAAAAAAUGAUCAGGACAUUCGACGAAAACAGAGAUGGAAGGAUAGAGUUCAAUGAAUUCGUGAAGUUCAUGGAGGCCAGCUUUCGCUGA